CCGCGGAGAGCAGACAGGGCGUUUCUGCAGACGCCGACCUGAGCGUGAAUCGCGGGCCGGUGUCUGCACAGAAGCCUGUUGACCCGGCUUUGUGCUCGGGCCCUCGGGCACCGCCGGUCUCCGUCACCCCGCGGACCACGGCCUCACGGGCGGCCCAUCAACCGGGCAGGUCAGCGCCUUCCAAACGGGCGGAGAACAUUCCAGAAAACUCGCGAACGAGUGCAGUGUUUGGGCUGGUGCAUGGCGACCAUGCUGGGUCUUGUGAGCUUUCUGGUGCUCCUGAACUUGGCCUGCUGCGGACGAGCACAGCUGGCAGGGGACAAUAGAUCGCCUAUUACCAACAUGCAGCUAGAUUCACGGAAAAGAAUGUUAACCUGGAAUUACAUAAGGAAUGUGAGUCAGCAGGAAUGCACGAUAUCUACCCCUCCCAACUCUCCCACCAUGCCCAGCUUCUCCACCACACAAGCCCCAGAGGUCAGCGAGGACAGCACGUACUUCUGCAUCUUCCGUAACGACGUGCUGCAUAGGGGAGCCAACCUGACCGUGAGGGUCACCUGUGACGGGGCCAAAUUCCAGGAAGUCUUGCUUUUUGCGAACCCAGGCAGGGAAGGUUCCGGCGCCGUGAACUUCUCCUGCUUCAUCUACAACGUCCGUCUCAUGAACUGCAGCUGGGCGCCCGGCCCCCGAGCCCCCGCCGACGUCUGCUACCGCCUCUUCUGGUGGGCCUCCCUGCACGAGGACGAGGCGGAGUGCGUGCAUUACGUCACAGGCCCCACGGGGACCCGCGUGGGCUGCCAUUUCGAUGAACUCGGUGAACCCCAGGGUAUGGAUAAUUACUUCUUCCUACUGAAUGGGACCAGCCGUGAGUCCGCAAUCCCGUUUUUGGACUUUGUUCCGUUUAAAGCCCGUAACAUCGAAAAGUACGACCCCCCAACGAACAUCACGAUCGCCCACAACACAUCGCAUCACAUGAUCCGGUGGGAGAACCCCGAGAUGCGAUACGAGCUUUCGACUCAAGUCUUGUAUUAUGAGCUGGACAUCCAAAGACCGGACAGCGCUUCCAAGACAAACCCCGUUUUCCAGAGGGGGCAAGAUUCGAAUGUGUACGUGGUGCCACGUUCUGCCGUCAGGCCGGACAGCACGCUCCGGCUGAGGGUACGCUAUCUGCACAACGAGCUCUGGAGCGAGUGGAGCCCGACGCUGCGUCUCGGCCUCCCGGAGGAGGACUUCCCCAGUGCCCUGAUCGGGGUGCUGGUGGCGGCCACGGCAGUGCCCGUGCUGGUCCUCAUGUGCUUCUGCAAAUGGUACAGUCUGUUCCCCCGCAUCCCGCAGGUGAAGAAGGAACUCACCGGGACCCUAUUCUCCCCAGAGGUGUCCUGGGACAAGGGUCACCGGCCGCCGAACUCCCAGGAGCCCGAGGACGUCCUCAUCGUGGAGGACCUGUCGUGACCGGCGUGGCUUCGGCCUCUCCCCGCGCCCCCCCCCUCCCGCCUCCCCGGAAAAUGUCGCGCAGGAGGGCCGCACGCUCACGUCGGGGGACAACGUCUCCUCCGACCCUCAC